GCCUCGUGGAGAGACCCCUCCACAACAAAACAACACGCCACACAUUUCCCUAUAAACACCCACCAGACAGCAGCGGUUUUUAAGAAAGUAAAGAUUCAGACAGACUGAACAUGUUUGUCAGUGGGAGGGAAAGGUAGUGGUCAUUUUUUUAUGAUUUUGUAUUAAAGUAUUAACAUUUUGUAUUAACAUUAAGAAGACCUGAGAACAGCAUUGGAUACAGGAUGUGCCCUGGGAAAAGAAUGGAACAGCCAUCACCUGAUGUGCUGCACUACAAAGACAAGGAGCUGGUCUCCAGUCUGCUCCUGCAGCUGAACCACCUGAGGAAAGAGCGGAUCCUCACGGACGUGGUCCUGUGCUGUGGAGACACGGAGCUCGCCUGCCAUCGCAACGUCCUGGUCUCCAGCAGCCCCUACUUCCACGCCAUGUUCUGCAGCAGCUUCCAGGAGAGUGUCCAGCCACGGGUGGUCCUCAGGGGCAUGCCUCCGGAGGUGCUGAGCACCGUGGUGGACUACGUCUACACGGGGGCCGCUAACAUCACGGCCGACCUGGCGCUGCCGCUGAUGCAGGCGGCGUCCAUGCUGCAGUACGGCCGGCUGUUCGAGGCCUGCUCGGCGUUCCUGCAGACGCAGCUGGGUGCGGAGAACUGCCUGGACAUGCUCCGUCUGGCCGAGGCGCUGCACUGCGGCAGCCUGCGCGAGCGCGCCCGCGAGGUGACCGCCCGCUGCUUUCCGGCCGUCGCCGCCUCCGACGACUUUCCGGAGAUCUCGCUGGCCGAGCUCACGGACGUGCUCGGCGACGAUCGGCUGUGCGCCGGCGAGGAGCAGGUGUUCGAGACCGUGCUGGCCUGGGUCCGGCACAACGCGCCUGCCCGCAGCGGGGCCCUCCAUGGCCUCUUCAGCAAGCUGCGGCUGCGCCACGUCCACCCCACCUACCUCGUCCAGUUCAUGGCUGGCGAGCCGCUGGUGCGGGCGUCACCGUUGUGCUUGGAGCUCAUCGAGGCCGCACAGCGGUUGCUGUUCUCCAUCGGGGCAGCACCGUGCCCCAGCGUGAUCGACGACAUGUGGGAUUCCCCUCGACGAGAGGCGUGCCACGAAGCCCUCGUGCUGGUCGGGGGGCGCAAGAAUGGCCAACAGACGUCCCGCGAGGCGCUGCUGUUCGACGAAGUCACACAGCAGUGGCAGAGCCUCGCCAAGCUCCCCGUGCGCCUCUACCGGGCCUCCUAUGCUUGCGUCCAGGGGGUCCUGUACGUAUUAGGCGGGCUGGUGGUGUCCACUGGCAGCAGAGUGGGCACCCCUUCCGACGCGGUCUACACCCUCUCCCUCAAGACCAACCAGUGGAGGGCAGCCGAGCCCAUGCUGGCGCCCCACUAUGCCCACCAGAGCGUCUCCCAUAUGCACUUUCUCUUCACUCUGGGUGGGCUAGCAGUGGACGGGCAACUGUCCGGCACUGUCGAAAGGUACAACACCAUGUUCAACCAGUGGGAGACCAUGGCCCCCAUGCCAAGCCCUGUACUGCAUCCAGCUGUGGCCGCUCACGACCAGAGGAUAUAUGUCAUCGGAGGAGAGGAUGCAGAGCAGAAUCCAGUCCGCAUGAUACAGGUGUACCACAUGGCGAGGAAUCUGUGGUGUAAAAUUGAAACCAGGAUGGUGAAAAACGUAUGUGCCCCAGCUGCAGUCAUUGAUGACAAAAUCUACAUUGUAGGAGGGUACACCCGAAGAACGAUCGCUUAUGACACCAAAGCCAACAGGUUUGUGAAAUGUGAGAGCAUGAAAGACAGGAGAAUGCACCACUCAGCCACAGCGAUAAACAACAAGCUCUACGUGACUGGAGGCCGCUACAUCAACAACCAUGAUGUCAUCAAGGACUCGGAUGGCUUUGAUUGCUACGACCCUGAGUCAGAUGCAUGGAGCUCCAAGGGUAAGCUUCCCUACAGACUGUUUGACCACGGCUCCGUUCCUUUGAUCGGUGUCUCCGCCGGCAAAUCUUUCACUUCUUGAGGACUGUCAGAAGAGAAAAGAGCUUUUAACAGAAAUAAGUUUUUUGCUGAAUCAAAGUAGCAUAGUGCAAUAAAAUACUCUACAGCCAUUGAAUAAGCCCUUUGACCAAACAGAUGCAUAUGACAUGGUUUGGGUCAGUUGAACUCGUCUCCAUGGAGACAUUAUUUUUUUUUGCCAACUCAGGUUUGAACUGCAUGUUCUGAUUUGCGUCUGAGUUUUUACAAACGUUUGCACAGAAGUUUUGGAUCAAGCUAAAAAAGGAGGUCCCUGGCAGAUGUAUGCCUCAAGCUGAAGAGCGCUCACCUGUUUCCCCAAGUGCCUUCAUGUUAAUGUCUUUGACAUGGGGCACUGCUCUGUUUACAUAUAUGCUAUAAUAUUGUAUUCCAGAUGGGUUUUUUAUUUUUGUCUUUGAAAGGGAAUGUCUUUUAUAUAUGUUUGUGAUCUUGGACAGAUAAUCUGACCUCAAACAUUUGACUCCAGAGUAAACAGUAGGCCUAACCAUUAAGGAUAAAGUAUUGAAAUCAGUUAAAUUUAAGAAGUCCAAGUACUGACCUUUCUUCAUACAUUCCUCUAGAGCAGCAUUCAUGGAAUCCCUUAAUAGUUCUGAGACACCGCAUCAAUCACUUACAAAUAUGGGAUUUUAGUUUAGCCCAAAUAAUUUGGCUCAAAACUGCUGCUUUAAUAGUUCCCUAAAAGAAACAUCACAAGUUUAAUGCCAAAUAAUCUUGCAGUAUGAGAUAAGAAAAGCACACAUCACAUCGGUAUGUGAUAAUAAAGCCUAAUUUCUUUUUCAUGUCUUUUUUUUUUCCGUGCAUACUAUCACAAGCAUACAACUCAAUGGAGUAUACCCAUACCAUCACAAUGGCGCUACUGGUAGCAAUAGCUAAUAAGUGUAGCUGACUUGUGUUUACAGAUUCUCUCCAGUCUCCUUGUCUUCAUGUCUGACUGCUAUGGCUGAGCAGAGCCAGCCAGCCACUGGCUGAUGAAAUAGCAGAGUGCAUUUGUGUAAUUGAGAAUGAUUUGACAGUGUUUAUCCAGGGCUAGUUAGCGCUGCUGGCUGUGGGUGUGUUGUUGCUAGCAUGUGUGUGUGUUUCAGAUUUCAGCAUGAUAGAUGAACAUAUGCCACAGAGAGGGUCAUUUGGGUUGUCCCUCACAAUACACAAACACACAUCAAUGUUUUUUUUUUAUUAUUUGCUUACAAACCAGUUGACUGAUGUACACAGAAGUUUCUAUUGAUUUGUUUGUGUUUCUCACUUGUCAGGAAAAUUCCAACUGUUUGACUGAUUGUUUAUUACUCUGUUUAAUUUGCUUUUAUAAUGAAAUUACAGAUUGUAGUGGUCCGUCUGUUUAUUUUGUAUGCUCAGUUAAAAAAAUACAACUGCAUUGUUAAAAUGUUA